AUGGCAACAGUUAUAUCUCCAGUAGUUACAGUACAACAAGCACCAGUAGUUUACACUACUUACAAGGUUGUUCCUCAGACAGUUGUUUACACUUUACCAAGCGCAGUACCUGUUGUUAAAAAUGUUCAAGUAAUUCCUACUCAACCUGUGUGCCUUGCAUAUGCAUACACAACUCCUAUGACAGUUAUUAUAUAA